AUGGCCACUGCCGAAGGCGCCGAAGGCGUCGAAACCGAGAAAACGCCCGCCGAGCGGCUCUUCGAGGCCGCGCGGGACGGCGACGUCGCGGCGCUCGACGCGCUCCUGCCGGACGCGACCGCGGAGCAGCUGCACGAACAGCAUGAGUACGAAAACGAGUUUGGAGUAAGAACAAAGGCGACGCCGUUAUUCGCAGCAGCAUGGGAUGGGCAUGACGCUAUAGUGCGGCGGCUGAUUUCGGCGGGCGCUGACGUUGCUCGUGGCUGCGAGUUAGGGCUUACUCCGUUGAUGGCUGCGGCAGCGAUGAAUCGUUAUGCCUGCGCGGUCGCGCUUCUCGAGGCCGGCGCCGACGUAAACCAAGAAGUAAACCUCGAUACGGUGAAUGGCUUGAGAGCACUUCACGUGGCGGUGCACAUUUAUUGUUCUCCGGAGUUCGUUCGCCUCUUGCUAUCCCAUGGCGCGGACGUUGAUACCGUGGCACGCGAGCCCACCAACGAAAGAACUCCACUCGGCCUCGCUUUUGACAACGAGUACCCUCCCUCUAUGGCAGAUGCAGACUCGCGAAAGCGGCAUUUUCUGACAAAGCACGCGAUUGCCUUCAUGCUUCUGCGCGCGGGAGCAGAUGUGAGCCACAUGUUCGAAGAACGUCCGCACCUGGCCACAGACGAGCAUCCUCACCCAUCUGAGAAGACUCUACCGCUGGUAAACCGCCUACCGACCGACCGGCAUCGGACGUAUGUUGAGGCAGUACACGCCGCGGGUGGCUUCGCUGCCUACGCGAUGAACCGCCAGUGCCAGCUGCUGACGAUCAAGCUCCUCGCGCGCGGGCACGGCUGCCUGAACCUCCCGGAGGCGCUGAUCCCCACCAUCGUCUCGUUCUGGGACAAGCCGUGGGUGCUCUCAUUCGACCACAAUGGCUUGCCAGUGUAAUGUCAGUAUUCAUGUUAUAUCCACACCUUGGGCCGCGGCGUGGCGGCGGGCGGCGACGUCCUCGACCGCCGUCGCGGCGGGCUCGCGAAGUGCCGCCGGAGCCACCCCUCGUAGCCGUCGCCGUUCCCGCGCCGCGCCUUCUGCACGGUGGCGUGGCGCGGACGCAGGCGCGUGCCGAGCGUCCGCUCGAGGUCGGCGACGAGCGCGGGCGUCGAGAGGCCGCGAUAGGGCCGCCGCUUCCCAGAUGCAGGCACUGUCCCAUUCGCGUCGGCCAGCGGCGUGCGCAUGCGCGGCGGCGGCGGCGUCGCGGCGAAGGCGGCCGCGGCAUCGAGGUCCACGGUCCUCCGCGCGGCCGGGGUUAUAGAUGGCUGUGCUGGUCCAGCGGCUGGCACGGCGGCCCGGGCCGCGUCCAAGCCGACGACGCGCCGCGCGGCCGCCGAGUGGUGGUGGAGCUCGGCCUCCAGUGGCGAAGGGCGUACGGCCCGCGCGUGGAGCGGCGUCCGCGUCUCGAGGACCGGCGCCGGCGGCGUGUGGGGGGCAGCAGUCCCUCCGACGGCCUCCUCGCACCACCGCCGCGUCUCGGCAGCCGCCUCGUCCCGGGCGCGGCGGCGGCGUCGCCCCCAGCAGGACCACCCCAUCAGCCCUUCGUCUCGCGAAGCGAAGCUAGUUCUUGCGGCAGUGUGUCAAAAAACAACAGCGGAACGCGUCGCGCUGCGCGGCGUCCCUCGAGGUGUCCCUAGCAUGCUGCUCCGGAGCCAUCAGAGAAAUCCCCUUGGAACUAGGGCUGCCCAAGAUUUCACGCGGGUUUAUUUCGUGCGGGUCUGCUUCGAGCGAGUCAAGCUUAAACGCGACCCUGUGCCGCCGCUGUGCAGUACCGAGAGCCGCAAGGUUCCCACAGCACCGCUCGACAGCGCACUGUGCACCGAGCCGCCGCGCGCCUCCAAAAGAGCCGCCCCAGCUCCCGCUCUCCAAAAAGCCACUCAUAAUGGCCGCCGCCGUCGACGCGGGCGAGGGCGCGGCCGGCGCCCUCGAGCAGUUCUGUACGUUGGCCAAGUCCGCCGGUGGCAGUCGCGCCGUCGGUGAUAUUGUGCAGCAGGCGUUAAAUGCGAAACGAGUUUUUGUGUUUGGUGAACUCUUGGCCGAACCGAACGUGAGAGCCUUGAAGAGCACGGACCAGGCCAACCAACUGAGGUUGUUGGAGAUCUUCGCCUAUGGCACGUACUCGGACUACAAGAAAGAAGCCUCGUCACUACCGCCCUUGACGCCGCCGCAAAAAACCAAACUGAGACAACUCUCUCUCGUAUCACUCGCAAGAAAAGCUUCGGUAGUCCCCUACGAUGCGAUUGGAGAAGCCUUGGAAGUGACCGAACAAAGGGACUUGGAAGACCUGGUCAUCGAGACGGUUUACGCGGGUUUGGUCGCGGGCAAGAUGGACCAGAUGGCGCGGGAGUUCAAGGUGCAACGCGCCAGUGGCAGGGACGUGAAGCCCGACGACGUCGCGGCCAUGGCCGACGCGCUCACGGACUGGGCCGACCGCGCGGACGCCGUCGCGGAGCAGCUCGAGGAGAACAAGGUCCAGGCCAAGGCGCUGCGGGACGCUCGUAAAGGAGAUGCUGCCGCCUUACAAGCGAAGAUCGAGGACAUCAAGAACUCGCUGCAGCAGGACGACGCGGCGAUGGACAUCGAUCGACCGAAAAGAAGAGCCAAGCGGUCGCGCGCGCCCUUCAAGGGGGGGAUCUAG